AUGGCAGCAAUGGCUUGGAGGCUUCCCACCCAGCUGGCAACACCCGGCAAACUCCAUCAUCAUAAUGACUCCAAAACGGCGGGGUAUCAGAGCUCAUUCUCAUGGUGCCGUACUUUAGCUCCCGACCAUCUCCUUCCUUCAUCAUCAUCUUCUUCUUCUUCCUUCUCCACCAGUAUAGGGACUAAUACGCGGCGUUUAGUGAGAUGUACGGCCAGGGCAGGGGUUGGGGCUGUGAAUCUUGCUCCAGGGACACCUGUGAGGCCAACCAGUAUUCUAGUGGUUGGUGCCACUGGGACUUUGGGUAGGCAGAUUGUGAGAAGAGCAUUAGAUGAAGGCUAUGAUGUUAGGUGCCUAGUUAGGCCUAGACCAGCCCCUGCUGACUUCCUCAGAGAUUGGGGUGCUACUGUUGUCAAUGCAGACCUUAGCAAACCAGAGACCAUACCUGCAACUUUGGUUGGUAUUCAUACUGUCAUUGAUUGUGCCACUGGCCGUCCGGAGGAGCCCAUCAAAACGGUAGAUUGGGAAGGAAAAGUUGCUCUUAUACAGUGUGCAAAAGCAAUGGGAAUCCAAAAAUUUGUAUUCUAUUCCAUCCACAACUGUGACAAGCAUCCCGAAGUUCCCCUUAUGGAGAUCAAGUAUUGCACUGAAAAGUUUCUCCAGGAUUCAGGCCUAAAUCACGUUAUAAUUCGUUUAUGUGGAUUUAUGCAAGGGAUUAUUGGGCAGUAUGCGGUACCUAUAUUAGAAGAGAAAUCAGUUUGGGGAACAGAUGCCCCCACAAGAAUUGCGUACAUGGACACUCAGGAUGUAGCUCGCCUGACCUUUGUAGCUUUAAGAAAUGAGAAAGUCAAUGGGAAGCUUCUCACAUUUGCUGGCCCUCGAGCAUGGACAACCCAAGAGGUAAUAACAUUGUGUGAAAGGUUUGCGGGGCAAGAGGCAAAUGUAACUACAGUCCCAGUCUCUGUCUUGAGAGUAACCCGUCAGCUGACUAGGCUUUUUGAGUGGACAAAUGAUGUUGCUGAUAGAUUGGCAUUUUCAGAGGUUCUUUCAAGUGAUACUGUUUUCUCUGUUCCAAUGAACGAGACAUUUAGUCUUCUUGGUGUUGACGGAAAAGACAUAGUCACACUCGAGAAAUAUCUGCAGGACUACUUCACCAACAUUUUGAAGAAGUUGAAAGAUCUCAAAGCACAAUCUAAGCAAUCUGACAUUUACUUUUGA